AUGUCAUCUCGAGAGAUCAAGGCCAUUUCUGUGGUGGCCGGCCUUACUCGGUCUGCUCUGCCUCGAGGUGCUUUGGCGUGCCUACCCUCUAUCGUGGCGUUGUACCAGUUUCGUGUUGCUGUAAUGAAAAUAAUUAGAUUUGACGGCGACCUGUUGGCGAAAACUUUAAAUGAAAUCCUCAACGUCGUCGAAAUACAGGGGAUUCAAUGGCAACGUUUUAAGGAACUGAAUAAGCUUCUUAGAGGCUUCCGCAGCCAUGAGAUGACCGUACUUUCUGGCAAGACAGGAGUGGGCAAGACCACCUUUGCUUGCGAGUAUUCCCUCGAUCUGGCCGAACAGGGUGUUCGAACCCUCUGGGGUAGCUUCGAAAUGCCCCUACCGCGGAUCUGUCGCACUCUUCUGCACCAGUUUGCCGGUGAACAGCUUUAUUUACAAACACCCAUGCGCGUUGCGGCCUGGGCGUCUGCCUUCCAGCAUGAGAUCCCGAUGUUCUUUAUAAAUACGCAUGGCCGUCCCUCUGAGAAGGAGGUUUUUUUAGCGUUGGAGGAGAGCGUGAAACGUGAUGCAGUUGAACACGUGAUUUUGGACAACUUGCAAUUCAUGAUGGGCUGCACUGGAAGCCAGGGAAUAGAGGAUAAGUUCCAGCGACAGGACCGCUUCGUAGAACGCUUGCGCGCUUUCGCUACUGACACCGGUGCCCAUCUCACUCUUGUCGUGCACCCACGCAAGGUGGACAGCGACCAACUGCUGACCAUCAGCUCCCUCUAUGGGGGUGGAAAAAUCGGUCAGGAGGCCGACAACAUUCUCCUGGUGCAGGAGGAGGUAGAUACUGCUGUCCCGAAGAAGUAUUUACAGGUGGUAAAAAAUCGCUACGAUGGGACAGUAGGCAAGAUGGAUCUGCAUUUCAAUCGUUCACGCAUGUCGUUCAAACCCUCCUCUCGAAGUCUGGAAGCCCUUCAAGCAGCCUCAGAAGCCAUCGAUUGA